AGUCCUCCUCGUGUCGGUCCAUCGGAGGGUUGAAUGCACCCUUUCUGUGACCUUACUGUAUCGACUCAACGCCCAACCAACUCUGUUCAGACCAUGCAAAUUCUAUCAGGCUAAAGUGGAUUGUUUACCAGUCACUGCAUCAUUUCAUCCUCUAGGACCGUGCUGGAGUUCGAACAAACCAGGAGACAUCAAAUAUCCAAGGUCAGAUUGUCACACUUCUAACAUGGAUCAAGGGGAUAACAAAACGGAAGGCCCUCCAUUGACACCCGUACAACCGAGGAGGUUACUAUCAUGCUCCUCAGUGAUGCCAGGCUCAAUGGCGGAAAAUCAAGGAAUUGGGCCACAAACAAGUGGGACCAGUCCUUUCCAGCUAUCCCGACAAAUUUUGCACACUUUCGCAGCCUAUCAAAUGAGCGAAGGCCCACGCUCAAACGAAGAAACAUAUGACACUAGACCAUUUCGUUCUGAACCUUCUGCAUCCGAUAUCCAGGCUCUAACUCAACAUUUACUUGCCUUGACAAAUUCCAGUACAUCUCCCGAUGUAUUUGCCGGUUCACUUCUCCAUAUUCAUUCCGAUGAAGCGGACAAAUGGAAGAGGCACAGCGGUCGGAGUUUGAAUGCCUCGCCAACUCAUCACACGUGUGAUCACACAAAUGAUGGAACCAGCUCUGUCAGUAUGUCUCCCAAUGCGCUGUGCAGUGCUGAAGGUGUGAACGCUUUGAAUCGACUAGCCUCAUUAUCAAAGGCCUGGUCGUCAACCUCCCCUUCAGCUAUGGCAGCUCUAGCACAACUAACCUUACUCGGUUUAUCACCAUCAGUAACACCAACCCGUGAGAGCUCGGUUACAAACAUGCCUUUACCCGGUGAUUCUAAUGGAACGCAGAGUGCAUUUAGUCCGAAAACUUCCAAAAACUUGGACUUUGAUCCAUCAACGCCAAACGGCUGCAGCUCGAAAAACUCACAUAUCGUCGAUCAGUCUUCAAAUCACUCACCUCCACACAGCAAAACUGAUUUUGGAUCUAAAGUGAUAAUCCGCCAAACUGCGGACGCGGAUGAACACUUUUUCAAAGCUCUCAGAAGAUUAAAGGUGGAUGUUUCACCCGAGCUACAGUCUUCUGAGCUGAAAACUCUUCCGUCGGCCUCGAAGCCCGUCAGAACCGACGUACGCCUUCCUAGUGACCAACGACAGAGCCCUGUAACUUCAGUAUGUAGCCGCAGUGCCGCUCAAACAAAUAGAAGUGCCGCAGAAUUGGCUGUGGAUGAACACUUUGAAAAGUCACUGGCAGCUUUCCCUGGAUUUAGAACAACUCGGGAAUCUGACUCGGAGGUUAUCAGUUCUAAGUCGAAGCAAAUCCUUGGGGCACAGGACCAGCACUCUGGUUUGAGGAAGUCGGCGGGAAUACGUACCGCGCGGACAUCACCGGUAGAGGAGUGCGAUUCUCCAAAACAUGGAAGAUCCAAGGUACUCGUCAGACAGCAGUCCCAGCGAGGGCACUCUCCAACCGGCUCACCACUUUUUGCAUGCCCAAAUGAAGAGCCAAUGAUUUCGAUUCCUUCUGAAAUCCCCCAACCUCCCCCCUACAGUCGAGAACGGCUACUACAUUUCCCAGAGCAAUCUACAUCUCAACCAUCCAGCCUGAAUUCAUCAAAGGAAAAGUCAAAUCAGUCGGAUCACCUGGGGGAUCAUUUAGUUAUAAAUCGGACAUCACCUAUAACAUCCGCUCCAGAAGCCACUAAGUUUCCCUCGAAAUCCAUCGUACCUUCCACAACUCCUUGCGCACAACCUUCCGCCAAUACGUUCAAACCCAAGAAAAACUGGCUGGCUCAAUAUGACUGGACGGAAAAUCAACCUUCUAUGGGAGUUGGUAGUCCCGGCAGUCCAACGGAAACUCACCCCACAGGGACAGAUUCAAUCGGAUCUUCGCCUUCGUUCUUUUCAGUCCGAAUGGAUCCUGUUAUAGAAGACGUUUCACGUGUUCCUUCGGCAUCCAGUCCACAACGGCAAAACGAACACACUGAGAAAAGCGACGAGCACUUUGUUCCAAUACUUGACACAUAUGGGCCCGUGAAUGAGAACAAGAUUAGUUCUCAGAGUUGUUCAAAGGAAGCACAGCCGUCAAGCACCUCACCUAUGCAAGCUACAAUGACGAAUACAAGCAGAGUGCAAUUUGGUCAUGAAAAAGCUCCAGGAGAGAUACAAACUGUGGUUGAUACAUCAGGAGACAAAUUUGCCGUGAAAUCGCCUGAAACUCAUUCGAUCUCUAUCACGUCCGUGGAGCCCGCAAAGUCCUUUCAACGGGAUAGUGCCACAUCACCGUUCCCUGUUGAUAAUCCAACCAUUCAUACCAGUGACAACUUUUCGUCCGAGGAAAUCUCGUCGAUCGAGAAGGGUGAAUCAAAACUCAUGAGUGUCAGCAAAUCCAGGACCAGUUGCAGCCUGUCUAACCCGCCUUCACCCUGUCCAGUAGCAGGCGACGAAUCUGGAGUAUCUGCAGUGACUCCUGUUUCUGGUACGACCUCUGGAUUUUUUAGUGGAUCCACAUACAGUUUGGAUUCAUCGCUGAGUCAACCACAUGCUUUGGGCUACGAUAACAGGGAACUGGAUAGUGGUAUUGAUGUAAAGUCACUUUCUUCGGCUGCCGAAGAGCGGAGUUUUUCUGACAGUAAGUCGCAUACCGGAAUGAACAUUGCUAGCAAGGUAAACCAUACGGACACUCCUGGCCUCUCGUGGAGUCUUCGUAAACGUGCAUCAUCCGAAGCAAGUCCGUGGUCCACUUUAAAGCGGUCUAGGUCUGUGCUCACUUCACCUAUAUCGUACAAUGAAACCUGUCCAUCAUGCAGCCCAAUAUCACGCGAACUGCUCAAUGAAGCCAUCGAUGAACCUGUUUCUUCUGGUACUGAUCGAUAUGGAGUGCUGACUGAAUUCACAUCUAGGUCUGUGGAUGGUACUAGUCGGCCGUUAACUCCUGACCUAUCAAAAUCACAAACAAACAAACGUCUGGUUCAUCAACGAAAUGUUUCCGAGAUGCAGUUCACAGAUGAUGAGCGUUUCCAAACCAUAGAAUCUCAGAUGCCACGGUACUAUAACCUUUAUCGAAAUCAGUGUGAGCACAAAUCAAACAGCGAACCCUCAACUCUGUCGAAUAAUCCGACAGUCGCUAGCAUAGGUCGAUCUCUGUCGGACGCGGCAACUCUACCAUCGCUUCAUCUGACACACGACAAAAAUGUGUACAUCCUAUGAUGAUGCGCUGAAGAACAUGAGGACAUCAGGUUGUGCAUUGAGGCGAUUUGCGGAUCCUCUUGUUAGUGCCUUUAUGAACAAAGAAGUUGUCUGAACCCCGGUUGUCUCAAACUGUAUUAUUCUGGAUGUCUCAGUGACAGAAUCCAGCGGAUUUGGUAGCAGAACAUCUACUCUUGAUGCAUAACAUACAAAAUUCAGAAUUCUGAUGAGAAAAUUCUCUCACCUACACAUGGGUGCAAUCAACACGCGAUCUUCCUCACACACCCACACCGCAAAAUUUUCCGAUCUUCAUUACUGUCAGCCAGCCAUCGGAAUUUUGUUUCACUUACUGGGCAAAUGAAAUCAACUGAACAUCCAAAAGUAUGUUACUCUCAGCCAGUCCUUAAGUUUUGAUUGCGUUUUUCGCCUCUCUUACACACAUUUCCAGGUAAACCAAUACCACUGCUGAUCGGCUGCUUACCCACAAACACUGAGGAAAUUUUCUUACAAGCUCGUUGCACGUGCACUAUUUUGUACUAUAUGAAACGGAUUUUAUUUGCAAAGCCUUGAGUGAAUUUUGUUCCUCCAUUCCUGAACACACAAAACGCAAUCAAACAAUACUUGACGAUGCUUUCAUCAACAGAAGCGUCCCUGUACAGUUUUUCCACAGUGAUGAGGCGGGGAAGUACGUGAUGAACUGAUUGUUUACUACUAAAUUCUGACAACAGUUUUCACCUAAUGGAUUUAGACCAAACAUAUACUUUUGUCAGUGGGAUUGCUUAUCACUUUGUACAGAGUUUUCUACAAAAGUAUGCAUAUAUAUC